GCCGGUGUCGCUGCUGUCGCCGCUGCGACCCGCGGGUCAGGGCCCCUCCGGACCCACCCCACCCAGCCAACGUGGCUUCCGACUCCAGCGCGGUGGCGCCCCAGAGCGACGGGAGUGGGUGACGGUGGCGGCAGUGGAGGUGGCGGCCGCAUGCCGGGGAGCGCUGCUGCCCGACCCCAAGCACGACUCAGUCAACGCCAUCUGCAUCACGGUGCUUGAGGUGGGAGCGGGCCCCCCGCCCCCCGGAUGGGCCUACCCCGCCCGGAUACUCAUCCUAGACCCCAAAGCCGCCACCGCCGCUGCUGCAGCAGCGACGCCAGCAGCAGCGGCGGCGACGGCGGCGACAGCGGCGGGGCCGGGUCUAGAGGACACCGUUGGCCGAGGUCUGGGCGGGGACAGCGCAGCAGCAGCUGCUGCUGCCGCCAGGAAUGAAGGCGGCGGG